GAGUUCCCGGACCCGCUGAUAGGUAGAAGUGUGCAGGGGCUCUGGAUAAACACAUGGGGCACUCUGCCUUUACUAAAUAUAACUCAGAACAUGUGUCAGGGUGCUGCCCGACCACCCUCACCCGAGCUGCCCCCCAGGCUGGACGUACACCACAAAGCUUCUCCGGUGCCUGCCGCCUCUCCAGGGAAGUUGUGCCCGCUGCUUUAGGGGGGUCCUGAGACGAUGCCAGCCCCCCAGAGACGGAGCAGAGGCCGGGAUCGGAACAACGUGCUGACCCGGCCGGAGUUCAUGUCCCUGAACCAGCCGCCGAGUUCCCCACAGGAGAUCCGGAGCGCCAACAGGAAGUCCGGCGGGCAAUAUGGCAAUGCUGGCGGCGAGGGCGCCCGCGAGAGGCGGCAGAGCCAACAGAACCAGCAGAUGCCGGAGGAGGACUGCAUGCAGCUCAACCCAUCCUUCAAAGGCAUCGCCUGGAACUCGCUCAUGGCCAUCGAUAUCGCCAUGUCCAAGAGCCUUGGCGUCUGCGCCCACACCACCUCCUCCUGGGGCAGCGCCCGCUCCAUGGUCACCCUCAUCGGCAUCACCAGCCACGGCUUCCCCUGGAUCCUGGGAACCAUCAUCUGCCUGUGGAACAGCAACACGCUGGCCGGUCAGGAAGUCCUGGCGAACCUGCUGCUGGCUCUCCUUCUGGACAUCCUCACUGUGGCCGGACUACAGAAGUUGAUGAAGCGUCGUGGUCCAUAUGAGGUGACCCCCAGUGUCUUGGAUUACCUGGUUCUCGAUGUCUACGCCUUUCCAGCAGGACACGCCAGUCGGGCCACUAUGGUGUCCAAGUUCUUCCUCAGCCAUCUGGUGCUGGCCAUCCCUCUGCGGGUCCUCCUGGUCCUGUGGGCCUUCAGUGUUGGACUGUCCCGCAUUAUGAUUGGCCGGCACCACAUCAGUGAUGUCAUAGGAGGAUUUGUCAUUGGUUACUUGCAAUUUAACUUUGUGGAGAUACUUUGGCUCUCGUCGAGCACGUGUCAGAUGGUGUCCUCACUACUAUGGUGAGCGGGGGACACGGGACCUCAUGACUGACAGAACUAUAAGGACUUCGCUUGUUAUUUCUCUGUCCUGGAACAGAAACUAUUAAAUGUCUU